AUGAUAGGGCUGCUGCUGGUGUCUGUGCUGGUGAGCUGUCUGCUACAGCAGUGGGAUGAUGCCAUAUCCAUCAUGCUAGCGGUGGUCAUUGUUGUGAGUGUGGGGUUUGUGCAGGAGUAUCGCAGCGAGCAGUCGCUUCAGCAGCUUAACCGACUGGUGCCACACCGCUGCCACGCCAUCCGCAACGGCACGAGACAGGAUGUGCUGGCCAAGGAACUGGUGCCAGGUGAUGUCAUUGUGUGUUCUGUUGGUGAUCGUAUUCCCGCAGACUGUCGCAUCAUCCACAGCGCUGAGCUGCAGAUUGAUGAGAGCUCACUCACAGGCGAAACCCACUACGCCUCCAAGACAACCGAUGCCAUCCACGGCCCUAGCGACGGUGAAGUGGCCAUCGCCGAUCGCAAGAAUGUGGGGUUCAUGGGCACACUUGUGCGCAAUGGCAAUGGACGUGCAGUGGUCGUGGGCACAGGCGAGCGCACUGAGUUUGGAGUGGUCUUCCACAUGAUGCAAGAGACAGAGGAGCGCAAAACGCCCCUGCAGAUUAAUAUGGAUGACCUGGGUAAGAAGCUCAGCAUCAUGUCGUUUGGGAUCAUUGGGCUGAUUACGCUGCUGGGCUUGUUCCAUGGCAAGAACAUUUUUGACAUGUUCACCACCGGAGUGUCGUUGGCUGUGGCGGCUAUUCCCGAGGGAUUGCCCAUUGUGGUCACUGUCACAUUGGCGUUGGGCGUCAUGCGCAUGGCCAAACGCAACGCUAUUGUCAAGAAACUGCCCAUUGUGGAGAGUCUGGGCAGUGCGAGUGUCGUGUGCGCCGACAAAACAGGUGCGUAUUAUGCAACUGCGCUGUAA